AUGGCCCGAGCCGAACAACCCUCUCCGUCGCCAAUCGACACCCACAUGACAAACAUCCUGUCACAGUCAAACUCCUCACCCCCUUCCUCAUUAUCCAAGAAGCGCUCCCGCUCGCCCCUCUCGCUCGAUCUCGGGUCCCUACCGCCACUCGCAACCCCGGCGCCCCCAUCCAACACUCUCCUUAUCACCCGCCUCACCGAGUCCAAGAUCUUCCACCCGGCCUCUCUCGCCACUAUCCGACAGCAUCUCAAUGACAUCGCCCCUCUCAACUCCUUUUCUCCUCUAAAGUCGCUACAACGUAUCAUCGUCUCCUUUUAUGACGAAGAUUCCGCCAUCCGCGUGCGGCAAGCCAUCGACGGUACCGCAUUCGCCUCCGACUCGGUUGCAAAAUGCUACUUCGGCGAACCUACACCUGUUGGUGACGCCGAGAAGAAAUAUCUUGAACGCCCGGACGCAGGCCGCUUAUUCUUCAUCUCCCCGCCACCGUCCCCGCCUGUGGGCUGGGAAAUGAAGGCCGAAGACCCGCCUAAUAAGCAAGUUCACGCUGAAGACCUGGCCUCAAAACUGUCCAAAUUAACUGGUCGCUUGAACGAUGAUUAUCCCUCGCCAACCGAGGACAAACCCACCCUCACGGCCGCGGACCUUGUUGCUAUGAAGACGCAUCACCGCGCCGCAUUGUCAGAAGACAUGGGCACACCAAAGUCACCCGUCUCCGGGUCACCAAAGAAAAUGCGAAGCCGCAGUUCUACACUGAUCUACGAUCCCAAAGCGCACGGCGAUAGUCCAGCACUUCCGGCGGUGAUGCUGGAGACCGAAGACGAUAGCGAUGUCGAACUCGAUGAGGGACCGCCUCGGAAGAUUGUGGCUCAUACGUCACGCCCACCAGUCGAACUUAUGGAGCAUUGA